CCGCGGCGCCUAUCCGUCGCGUGCGAUGAACGGGGACGUCUGGGCCAGCCUGCCAGAAGAUAUCCAGCAGGUCUUCGAGGACAAUAUCGAUUUCUGGACUCAGACCAAUUACGAGCUGUCGCAGGCCGCCGAGGACGAGGGCCGGGCCUAUGGCGAGGAAAUGGGCGUCGAGUUCAACGCCGUCGAUGAAGCCGUCAUAUCCGAAUAUUCCGACGCCUUUGCCGCGACCGCGCAGCAGACCGCCGAGCAAAUGGAUGCCAAUGGCCUGCCGGGAACCGAGAUUCUCGACAAGGCACCCAUGACCUCGUUUGAAACCCUUCUGCGCCGGGUGUGCGCGCUGGCCGCCUUUGUCGGGGUCGCCGCCAUUCUGGCCCUGAUGAUGCUGACGGUGGUCACCGUUGUCUUCCGCGCCAUCGGUAUCGCCUUUCCGGGCACCUAUUCGCUGGCCGAACUGCUGCUCAUUCCGGCCGUCAGCUUCUCGCUUGCCUACGCAGCCAUGCAAAAUGAGCACACCCGCGUAACCCUGUUCGUGGACCGCAUCAAAAACGACCGUAUCCGGCGCGGGCUCGAUGGCAUCAUGACGCUGCUGGGCACGCUGUUCUGGGUGGCGAUCGGCUGGGCGACGAUCAAGGAAGCCAUCCGCCGGGGCGCUCAGGGCGAACUCUCGCCGAUCAUCAACGUGCCUGUCGCUCCGUUCCGCUGGGCCAUGGCCACGGCCAUCAUCCUGCUCUGCAUCGUCCUGGUUUUUCAAGGCGUCAAGCUGUUGAGUG